AUGAGCUUUACACUUCUGUAUCCAGAUGGAAAAAGGUGGGAGACAAUAAAGAAAGCUGCAUUGGAAAGCGUGAUUAAAGGUACUUCUGAAGAAGAACCAAUCUUUUUACCAAAUGAUUCUGGGGCUCAGAAAGAUUAUCUUAAGGUGAGAAGAAGUUAUGCAAGAGUUGUGUGUCAGAUUGAGAGGGGAGAAGUGUAUGACUUUUAUAAGUAUCAUCGGAGGUUCAGGAUGAAAUCUCACGCGCUAUCGGAAUUUAAUAGAUUUAAGGUUAUUGAGACAUUGAAAGAGAACGGGCCUUGUUAUGUAUUUGAAGAUGAAUGCUACAAAGAAGUAAGUAGUGGGUCUGGUUAUAAGAGAUGCCCGUUUUGCAAUGAAGACAUUGGUAGUGAGAGGAUCAAUGACCACUUAAGGACAAGAGAAUGCAACUUGGAAACACAAGGGAAAGAAGAGAAUAGUGUAACGGUAUUAUUUGACAAGGGGAUUAAAACCGAGUACGAAAACCUAGUAGUAAACUGCUCAAGUGUUAGAAUGCUCAAAAAAAUUAUUUAUGAUAAGACAGGGAUAUCUGUAAGCAAGCAGGAUGUAUACAGGGGAGACACACUUCUGAAGAACAGUGAUUCCCUGAAUAGAGAAACGGUCACGUUAAAGCAAAAGAAAAGAUCGCAAAGAAAAUAA